AUGACGGAGCUGGCUCGUCUCCCAGCCUCUGCCACUGGGCUUGGCCUCGUCGCUCUGCUCUCGGUCCCCGCGUUGAGGACGUUUGUCUUGCAAACGCGCAAGGGAGCUGCGAGGGACAAUUUCUAUCAGGAUCGCGAUGGCAAAAGUACCCCUGAGGCAAUUGCUAGUUUUUCUAAUAGGCGCCACAAGAUUGCUCUACUGUUGUCUUCUGUAAUUGGAUUGGCCACUUCGGUUGCUCUCUCAGUCGUAGUUACUCUCGAUCAGACACAACAUAAGUUCUGCGUGGAGACUUGGCUUAACACUGCUUCCUGGGUUCUCAUCCAGUCCCAAGCGACCCUACUGUUCGCCAUCCAUGCUCCGGUAGAGGUGCAUGAUACCGGGUUCUGGAUAUUCUUGUCUUGCUUAAUCACGGGGUCAAUCACAUCCAUACAAACUUAUGCUGCCAUUGGAGACUUCGCCCAUCGACUUGAUGUGGCGCUGAUACUUCGUGCUGUCAACGUCGGGGCGGCAGUGGUGACCUUGAUUUCUAGCAUCCUCAUCCCACGGCGUCCAGAAGUCUUCUUUCGAGACGAGCCGGUGGAUAGCCAAUGGACCACAUCGGUGCUUAGCAGGGGCACCUGGGGCUGGCCCAGAGCCCUUAUGGACAAAGCUUCGAAACAGGGUGAUCUCGAGGAACGGGACAUCCCCCAGCCGGACCAUCUCCUUCGUGUAGAGGAGGUAAUGGUGACUUGGAACUCUCAGAACAAAGACCAGACCCUUCUCCGUGACCUCUGGACGGUCUAUAGAGGACGAAUCCUCCUCCAGUGGACCACGACAAUUCUUCGAUGCGUUUUUGGUGUAAUUCCUUUCUGGGUCAUGUUGGAUCUGGUACAAAGACUUACUGACCGUGGAGGAGACGCUGGUGCGCCAUCCCGUGAAUUGUGUGGCCUGGUUGUUUUACUUGGUCUGGUAUCAAUGGCUGAGCAGUGGGCAGAUAGUUGGGUCAGUUUUUACGCUAUCAAUAUGUUAAUGAUGCCCAUGCGAGCCCAGCUGUCGGCGCUUAUAUACGAAAAGUCUCUCCGACGCAAGAAUGUAAAGUCAGCGGAGAAGACUAAGGAAAGUGAACAGGGGGAGGGGGAGGCAGCGACAUCUACACGUUCUGAGAGCCACGGGGGUGAUGAGGAAACACCGCUGCUGGACGGUCACGGUGAUGAAAAUCAGGCGGCAGCAAACAAUGGUACCGGCACCAAUCCCUCUGAUACCAACGGGAACACGAAAAAGACCGAAGAUCAGAAACCUGAUGACUCCGAGCCCGAAGACACGAGCUUCCAAUCACGCCAAUCCGUCGUCAACCUAGUCGGAAUCGACACCAGGAGAAUUUCGAAUUUCAUGGCCAUGCAGUUUUUCAUCGUCGCCAGCUUCGGCAAACUCAUUUUCUAUUCCAUUUUUCUCAUUCAGCUCAUCGGCUGGAUUCCUUUCGUCGUCGGUAUCCUUGCCUGGGCAUUAGUUCUCCCCAUCAACACGUACUUUUCUAAGCGUCUCAUCAGGCUGACGGGAAAGAUAAUGACUGUUCGGGACAAGAAGCUAGCCAUUGUUAACGAGGCCCUGCAAGGCAUUCGCCAGAUCAAGUUUGCUGCUCUGGAAGGAGAAUGGGAAAACCGCAUCAAUGGUGUUCGGGACGAAGAACUGGGGGCCACCUGGACUAUGUUUCUAGCAGACGUCGGCAUUUUUGGGUGUUGGGUGGUGAGCCCUAUUCUUCUGGCUGCCGCCUCGCUAGCAACAUAUGCUCUCAUAGAGGGCGACUUGACGCCUCCAGUUGCCUUUGUGAGUAUCAGUGUCUUUAAGGCCCUUGAGGUUACAUUGGGGGCUCUUCCAGAGCUCCUGACUGGUGCUUUUGAAACUCUUGUUUCUAUUCGCCGGGUAGACUCCUAUUUGAAGGGGCCCGAGAUGAAACAGACGGUAUCCGAAGGGCCCGAUGUCGGGUUUGAAGACGCGACUAUUUCUUGGCCUGUGGAUGAAGAGGUACCCGAAGAGGGACGUUUUCUGUUGAAGAAUCUCAACUUCACCUUCCCAGCUGGAGAACUGUCCGUCAUUACUGGAAAAACUGGCACCGGCAAGAGUCUUAUUCUCUCCGCUCUCAUCGGAGAGUCUGAUCUUGUACAAGGCAAGAUCCGCACACCCCCUCGGCCAUCCUUCUUGGAACGUAACGAUUUGAAUGCGCACCCAGGCAAUUGGAUUCUACCGGGUAGUGUUGCUUUUAUCGCCCAGACGCCAUGGUUGGAAAGUGCCUCUUUGCGAGAUAACAUCCUGUUCGGACUACCUUUUGUUAAAUCUCGAUACCAUCAGGUUCUUCGAGUCUGUGCGCUAAAGAAAGACCUUGAUAUCUUGACGGAUGGAGACAAAACUGAGCUUGGUGCGAAUGGGAUCAAUCUAAGCGGUGGUCAGAAAUGGCGCAUCACGCUUGCUCGUGCCAUCUAUUCCCGUGCUGAAAUCCUGAUCAUGGACGACAUCUUUAGCGCUGUCGAUGCCCAUGUUGGCCGCCAGAUUUUCGAAGAGUGCAUCUCAGGUCCCAUUUGCAAGGGGCGUACCCGGAUUCUCGUUACCCACCACGUAGGCCUGGUGCAGUCCAAGGCUAAAUUCUUUGUUGAGUUGGGGGAAGAAGGCGUUCUCCACUCGGGAUUGACCUCUGAGCUGGCUGCAACAGGGGUACUUCAGGAAAUCAAGAACCACGAGCAGACCCCGGAGGAAAUCCAGGAAGAUGAGGCAACUGGAUCCUCAACUGCCGUUGCAUCAGAAGCAGCCUCGACUGUAGAGACUCCUCCAAACGAAGAAGAAACAGGAGACGACCCAGAUUCUGAUGCCGACGCAAAGAAGUUUAUACAGGAUGAGACGCGCGAGAAGGGCAUGGUCAAAUCCCAGAUUUAUUCGGCGUAUAUCAAGGCAUCUGGGGGAGUCCCUGCCUGGCUUCUGUGUGUCCUGAUCUAUACUGCAUUCGAGGGAGGCAAUUUAGCUAGGUCCUGGUGGGUUCGAAUCUGGACUGGAAGUGAUGACAGCGCUUCUGGUCUCUCAACGGGAAAUGCUCUUCACCCGCAAGGUUUUAUCAUGCCCGGGCUGACCAUCCAAGAACCGGCAUAUAGCCCACAGUUACUUGUUGCCCCCUCGCACACUCGCGGCCUUACUUUUUAUCUUGGCAUCUAUUGUGGGUUGUCCUUGGCGGCAGGUAUCAUUGGAACUCUUCGGUUCUGGUGGGCGUUCUGGAUGAGUAUCAUGGCCAGUAGAACCUUGUUUCGAGAAACGCUCGGCAGUGUCCUGCGAACUCCUCUACGAUGGCUCGACACCGUCCCAGUUGGUCGCAUUUUGAACCGCCUGACUUCGGAUUUUGAGACGAUCGACCAACGCUUGAGCAUGAAUCUUGGUAUGCUCGUUUGGCAUCUACUUUCUGUUGGAUGCGCAUGCAUUGCCGCUUCUAUGGUGUCGGCGUAUGUCCUUCUGCCAGCAUCGGUGUUGAUUGCUGUGGCUGGAGUUAUUUCCAAGAAGUACUUAGAUGGUGCCCGGCCGUUUAAGCGACUGGAAAGCACAUCAAAGUCCCCUGUAUUCGAACUCUUCAACGCGACGCUCAACGGCAUAUCUACUCUGCGAGCGUUUGAGAAGACGACGGCUUAUAAUGACAAAAUGAAUCAGAAACUGGAUCUGUGGGAUUCUGUUACCAUGUGCAUCUGGUCUAGCAACCGAUGGCUAAGUUUCCGAACAUCAAUGGUUGGAACCGUUUUCACCACUAUCAUUGGAUUUGUCGUCAUCUUCACGCCCGGAGUGGACGGAGCAUUGGCUGGGUUUGCAUUGUCUUUCGCUCUCGAUUUCACAAGUAACAUUCUUUGGACCAUACGAAGUUACUCACAGCUGGAAUUGGACAUGAACGCUGCUGAGAGAGUCAUUGAAUAUUCAAAGCUCCAGACAGAGUCUCAGGAGGGUCAGACUCCUCCAGCGUCUUGGCCAACUUCUGGUAGAAUUGAGGUGAAGGAUCUCGUUAUUGGAUAUGCCGAGAACCUUCCCGCAGUGCUCAAGGGCAUCACAUUUGAUGUCAGACCUAACGAACGGAUCGGUGUUGUUGGACGUACAGGUGCUGGGAAGUCUUCGUUGACACUCGGCCUCUUCAGAUUCCUGGAACCACGAUCCGGUUCAGUGCACAUCGAUGGUAUAGAUACGUCCAAGAUUGACCUGUACACCCUUCGCUCUCGUCUGUCGAUUAUUCCUCAGGAUCCUGUUCUUUUCUCGGGAACGAUCAGAAGCAAUCUUGACCCCUUUAACCAUCGAAGCGACGAGGAACUGAAGACGGCACUGGCGCGUGCUCAUCUGAUCGAGUCCGGUGAAGGUGACGCAUCGGGAGCUGCGACGCCUACCGGCGGCCAGGGCAAUUUCAAUGUCUUUAAGGAUCUAAACAGCCCCGUGUCCGAGUCAGGCGGUAACUUUUCCCAAGGCCAGAGGCAGCUCCUUUGUUUGGCUCGUGCCAUCGUGUCCCGGCCCAAAGUCAUGGUUCUUGACGAGGCUACAUCCGCUGUGGACAUGAAGACGGACGCGCUGAUUCAACGAAGCAUCCGUGAGGAGUUCACCACCAGCACCCUGAUUGUUAUUGCCCACCGACUGAGCACCGUCAUUGAUUUCGAUCGUAUUCUUGUUCUCGGCGGUGGUGAAAUAGUAGAAUAUGGCACGCCAAGGGAGCUCUGGGAGAAGGAGGGCGGCCUCUUUAGGGAGAUGUGUGAAAAUACUGGUGAGCCGGACCUUCUGAGGGGGAAAAUAUACGGUGGUAAAUGA